AUGCAACAUCCAUCAUUGAUGCCUGGAGGAUACAUGACGCCUGUAUCUUCGUAUUCUGGAAAUGCGACUACCUCUUCUCCUCCGAUGCUCUUGAACAAUUAUGCCACAACCCCCACAACCCCCACAACGAAUCAACCAACUUGGGUUUCCAUGCCGUGCCAAGGUCGUCCAUCAACACCAGUUGUCAUGAGAGGAUGCAUCACCACCUCGAAUCAACAGUCAGAGAUGCUGAAUUUAGCUCAACAAUCCUAUCAACCACAAACGCAGGUAAUGAAUAAUCAUCCAUGGAUGGCUACUAAUAGUAGUAGUUUGAACUCACAACCAAACAUCACGACGGCUCGAAGACCUGGUUGUCUACCUGAGAGUGGCAUCCCGACGAAUCCAAAAUACUUGCAAGAGCUCGAAGGAGCUGAAUUUCAAGUGUACGCUCCAAAUAAGAGGUACAAUAGAAAGAAAAUUUGUUUUGAGGUGGUCAAGGAUUCAAAACCCAAACUCGACAAUCGAUGGCAAACCGAACAUCGAGAGAACUUUGGAUACUAUACUUGCUUGGGUGCGAGCUGCGAUUGUGGAGCGAGCGUAGUGGUGGAUCAAAAUACCUCUGUUCCUUUUGCAGGAAACGUUCCACCCUCCACUCCUUACCAAUACGCUGAGCCUGCAAAGAAUAACAACACAUACAACCCAGAGAUUUAUCAACAAGCUGCUGCAUUUGUCACAAACACGUCACAAGCUGCUGGUACAACUCCUCAAUCCAAUUAUGAGGCAGCCGAAUUUGCAGACGCAUUCGCCGAUGAAAAUAACAAUGCAAAAUCUCAACUAAAAAAGAAACAAGCGAGUUUAGGAAACACCUCGACACAGAAAAAGCCAUCUGCUGAAACUGCAACUACCUCUCAAACCAAACCAGAAGCUCCACAAUUGACAGAAUCCAUCGAACGAAAGAGUAGAGGUGCCUAUCAAAACAAUGACAGCAACAAUGCCAACAAGAAAAAGACCAAACAAGAAUUAUAUGCAGACGUGUACAGCAAGACCUUGUCGAAAAUUCAAGAAAAGGAAUUUAACCAAAAGAAGCAGCUCAUGACCAAACAAGAUGUGGUCAAAGCCAAGAUAGAAGAAGAGGAAAAACUGAGUUUGGAACGAAAUCAAAAAGAGUUGAACAGUUACAUGAAUCGAGGAGAAAAAGCUCCAUUUUUCCCAUUCGGUUAUUGUAACACAACACCGGUGAGUGAUAAGAGUUAUAUGGUGACCUAUAAUGUUGGUCCUCGAAACUCCACACAAGUGGCCAAAGAUAUUGUGGCACGAAGAUCCAAAACACACGAAUACGACGGAUGGAAGAAACUUCUCGUCGAUCAAGAGGACUUCAAACAAUGGAGACCAAAAAGUUAUUACUGGAAGACCUUUGACCGAUUUGACAAGUACAAUCAUCCAGACGAAGAACGAAAAGAGAGACACAGUUAUGGAGCGACUGAGGAUGACCUUAAAGCCGCUACCACGACGGAAAGCAAAUCGAAAAAACAAUCUAAAAAGGAGCAAGACUCUAAAAAGACGGACAAGAUUGUGUCACAAGCGGUCACAGAGGAACAAGUACCUGUUUCAUCAUCAACCAUUGAAGAGAAGGGAAAGACACCUAAUACAGAAACGGCAGUCGACAAAGUAGCAACAUCUGCUGGUCACGCUCCAGAAGAUUAUCAACAACAAAUGCAACCACCUGUGCCGAAUGGAGUGUAUUAUUCGAACCAACAGCAACAGCAACCAUUCUUUUAUCCAGCUCAAUCUCAAACACCGCAGUCCGGUGGUAUGGUGCAAGGAAUGAAUGCCAACGGUUGUUUUGAUCCUUAUGGUCAACCACAAAUGGCAAAAUGGGACACCAACAAACGAGCACCACAUGAAGGACCAUUGUGCAACGAUUUACAAGGAAUGCAAUUUGCCAAAUUUAUUCCAAAGGACUUUUCUAAUUUCAAUCCCAAGCACUACAAGGGCCUCCCUACACAUUAUCUCAAUUAUAUAAGGCCAGCAGGGAAAAUUACUCCAAGCAAUGAUGUCAUUUCCGAGUGUUUCCAUUUCUAUGAUUAG